CCUCAUUUGAACCAAAUAGACCCUAAAACAAUCUCUUUCACAAUGAAAGAGAAGAUAGAAGAACUAUGGAGAGAAGUUAGAGAGGUAAGUCUAGGAAGCAAUGGAAGCAUAGAAAGAUUAGAAUCACCACCAACACCACUCCAAUUCCUCAAAAACUUCAUCAACCCAAACAAACCCUGCAUCAUCUCCAACUCCAUCAAUCACUGGCCAGCUCUCUCUUCAUGGACCAACCCUUCCUACCUCACUCAAACCCUAUCUUCCUCCACCGUCUCCCUCCACCUCACCCCCACCGGCGCCGCCGACUCCAUUACCUCUCUCCCCUCCUCUUCCUCCCUCUGCUUCGCCUCCGCGCACGUCGAGCGCGUCCCGUUCCCCGACGCGCUUCGCCUCAUCAAGUCCUCUGACCCGUCGAAAUGUGUUGCGUACGCGCAGCAGCAGAAUGAUUGUUUUCGUUCGGAGUAUUCUUCUCUUGCUGAAGAUUGUGAUUCUCAUAUUGGUUGGGCUACUGAAGCUUUUGGUUCGGAGCCUGAAGCUGUUAAUCUUUGGAUUGGUAACCGUUAUUCAACUACUUCUUUUCAUAAGGAUCACUAUGAGAAUCUCUAUGCUGUUGUUACUGGCGAGAAACGGUUUCUCUUGUUUCCUCCUACUGAUGUUCAUCGCCUCUACAUUCGUCACUACCCUGCUGCUACUUACAAACACUCUAUGGAAACUGGAGAGUUUGAUUUGGAACUUGACAAGCCGACUAGGUAUGUGCCUUGGUGUAGUGUGGACCCUUUUCCUUCGCCGGAGAAUUUGGAGGACGAGAUUUCAAAGUUUCCUUUAUACUUUAAUGGCCCUCCACCCUUUGAGUGUACUGUCAAGGCUGGGGAGAUUCUCUACUUGCCAAGCAUGUGGUUCCAUCAUGUUAGACAAAGUGGGGAUGACGGAGAAUUAACUAUUGCAGUAAAUUAUUGGUAUGAUAUGCAGUUUGACAUUAAGUAUGCUUAUUUCAACUUUUUACAAUCUAUUGAUUACCGAUCUCCUACAAGUCCAACAAUGCCUGAGAAAUUGUGCGAGGAGAUUGAUUCAGGUCUUGAUGGUGAUGACGACACUAGCUGAGUUUUCAUUUCUCAUUCGGCAAUGUGUGGGAUUCAAGCUAAUGCCGAAGACUAAAAAAACCAAGGCCGCAUGAGCAAACACAAUAGAAACAAUGUGGGCAAGCAUUAUUUUCCAAAACAAACAGUUACUUCCUUGCCGUUGACUUGAUUUUUGCCAAGUGCCAACACAAUUUUGUUCUGUUCUCCAUUUGUAUCAAUAUGAUAUGAUAUAAUAUCAAUUCAACCAUUACCAUUUUCCCUUUCUGGUGGAAGUGUUGUUAUAAUUCUGUUGAGGAAACUGUCCAAAAGGGCCAAAAUAUACAUCUACAUAAUUUAUGCAAACUCAUUGUUAUAGUCAUUCGUAUUUAUACACUAUCUAUUCACUCAUUA